AUGGCUUCCUUGAGAUGCCCCUUGGCCAUCCUGGGUCCAUUCUACCUGUGGUGCCUCCUCCUGGUGCAAGAGCUGAGGAUGUGUUCAUUUCAGAAAAGAGAGGCUGGUCUUCCCGGCAUAACCACCGAACCCCGGAUACCUGACUCUACCUUUGUGCAGGUCACAAUAGGCACGACCCUCACGCUCAACUGUACCCUGGCUCAAACGGACCUGCCCACAAGUGCAAGAUGGUACAAAACUUGGAGCAACAAUCGGCGGAAGUUAAUUUACAAGGAUGACGACCACUUUUCUCGCGGGGAGAGGCUCGUUCCAGAAUCGAGAACCGACUUCAGCAUCGGCAUCACCAUCGUGAGCCCUGAGGAUAAUGGGACCUACUUCUGCAUACUGACCAAUAAAGUGCCCCAAGGGGAAGAAUUUAGUAUAAAGACACAGGUUGCAGUCCUCGUGACAAUUCCUCCCACGGUGCAUCUCGAGACCCAUCCGCCUUCUCCCGUCCAGCUAAACGCCUCGGUGACGGUCAUUUGCAAAGCGGAAUAUUACUAUCCGAACGGGGCCAAAGUGGAUCUGUUUUGCAAGGAUCCCAAAGGGAAAGGAAAAAGCAGCGGGACGAUUUAUAAUUCAAACCGGACAUAUUCCCACCAGAGUUCCCUGAAGAUCACGGCCACCCAAAAUUGGAACUCCUCGCUCUUCACUUGUCUGGUGAAACACAACUCGACAGUAAUUAAGGCUACCACAAGAUUGGUUGUUACAACAGAAGAGUUUCGUAAGCCAGGAUUACUGGUGAAUCUUCAUCAGGUCUGCACUGUUCACAUUAUAGGCUUCCCUUUGUGUUUCUAA